AAAUUAUCAUCAUCAUAAAAAAAUGUUGGCACUAACGAUGUCAAUCUCCCGCCAGAAAAAGUGAACGGGCAAUUACUCAGAACGACUUCAUUUCAUCUGUUGGCCACACGCAGCCGGAAAGUCGUCAUGCACGGCGAGGUUUCAAGGACCAGGAAUCGUUAUGUUGUUUCGCACUCAAGCGGUCUCUCAAAGUUCUUAGACUUAUAUUUUCCCAAAAUCGACUUUACUCUGGAAGAGUCCAAGUUCAAAUUCGAACUCGCGUCCGAACUUGCUGACUUCUUCUCUACAGAAGGAGAAUGCUUUGUUUCUCAGGUUAAAGAUGAUGAUGGUAUAUUCUUCUUGCCACUUGACUUUGAGCAGUUUCAGAAAGUAUGUGAAAUUGAGAAAUUCUAUUUGACUUUGGCUGAUAGACCGAAAGAAGCUCUGUUAUGUAUGAGUGCUGCAUUGCACAUGGUUAUGUUCAUGGAAUUGGAGAAUGAAAUGUUUGGUGAUUGUACAAAGAUAAAUAUUCGUCUGCAUAAUUACCCUCAAGUGAUUGCACUAAAAAAUCUAAAAGCCGCAUAUAUUGACAGGCUUGCUUCUGUACGUGGCACUGUGGUAAAAGUUAGUACAGUUAGACCUCUGGUAAUAAAAAUGAGUUUUGCCUGCACAAAAUGUGGAACCAACAUUGGUCGUGACUUUCCAGAGGGGAAAUUUUCACCCCCUUCAGUAUGUGAAAUGCAUGGAUGCAAAAGUAAGACCUUUAAUCCGAUCAGAUCCAGUGCACAACCCAUAGACUUUCAGAAGAUUAGAAUUCAGGAGCUGCUAAGAUCUGAACAUCAUGAGGAAGGGCGUGUUCCACGCACUGUUGAAUGUGAGUUAACGGAAGAUCUUGUAGAUGCCUGUAUUCCUGGAGAUAUUGUGACUGUAACUGGUAUUGUUAGAGUGAUUAACAACUACAUGGACAUCGGAGGAGGAAAAUCAAAAAGUAAGAAUCAAGCACUUUACUAUCUGUAUCUCGAAACAGUCUCAAUAAGAAAUUCCAAGACUCAACCAGUGCAUGAGAAUAUGAUGGACGGUUCCAAUGCAAGAGCCACAGAGCCUUUUGACUUAGUAUCAUUUUCUCCAAGGGAUCUAGAGUUCAUUGUUAAAUUUUCUGAAGAACACGGUCCAGACACUUUUCGGCAAAUGCUUCAUUCAAUAUGUCCUUCAAUCUAUGGACAUGAGCUUGUCAAGGCCGGAAUUACUCUAGCUAUGUUUGGAGGUGUACAAAAGCAUUCAAUGGAUCAGAACAAGGUUCCUGUAAGGGGGGACAUCCAUGUAUUAAUAGUUGGUGAUCCUGGACUAGGUAAAAGCCAACUGCUACAAGCAGCAGCUUCUGUUUCUCCUCGUGGCAUAUAUGUGUGUGGUAAUACUACAACCAAUGCUGGCCUCACUGUAGCCGUGGUCAAGGAUCCAAUAACUAGUGAUUAUGCCUUUGAAGCUGGGGCAAUGGUUCUUGCAGACCAUGGAUUAUGUUGCAUCGACGAGUUCGACAAAAUGUCUGCUGGACAUCAGGCCUUAUUUGAGGCUAUGGAGCAACAGUGUGUAUCUGUUGCAAAGGCAGGACUUGUGGCAAGUUUAUCAGCAAGAACAUCUAUUUUAGCAGCUGCAAACCCUGUUGGGGGUCAUUAUGACCGUACAAAAACUGUAAAUGAGAACCUGAAAAUGAGUAGUGCUUUACUCUCGAGAUUUGAUUUGGUUUUCAUAUUACUUGACAAGCCCGAUGAGCUACUGGAUAAGCGGCUCUCGAAGCACAUCAUGUCUCUUCAUGCAAAAACUCCGGAACAUCCACCUGUGACAAAGCAAUUAUGUACAGCACCUUUUGAUGUCAGGGGAAGUAGCCUGAAUGUAGAGCACAAUUCUUUAACUUCAAGACUGAAGCUUGACCCAAAUAAAGACAGGGGUUUUGUUCCAUUACCUGGUCCUCUUCUGCGUAAAUACAUUGCCUAUGCAAAAGCUUAUGUCUUUCCAAGGAUGACCGAGCAUGCGGCAGCCAUCUUGAAGAAGUUUUACCUGCAACUGAGAGAUCGUAACACAUCUGCUGAUAGUACACCAAUAACUGCUAGGCAAUUAGAAAGUCUGGUAAGGUUGGCUCAAGCUCGAGCUAAGGUUGAUCUAAGAGAGCAAAUAACGGAGCAAGAUGCUUUGGAUGUUGUCGAAAUAAUGAAGGAGUCCUUGUAUGAUAAGUAUGUUGAUGAGCAUGGUUUUGUGGAUUUUGGGCGAAGUGGAGGAAUGAGUAAAGAAAAAGAGAAGAAGAGAUUUUUGGGUGCAUUAAAUAAGCAGUCUGAGGUGCAGCAAAAGGAUUGCUUUUCAAUAUCUGAGUUAUACAGUUUGGCAGAUAACAUAGGCUUGAGGGUUCCAGAUAUUGAUACGUUCCUGGAUACCCUUAAUACUGCAGGCUAUUUACUAAAGAAGGGCCCAAAGAAAUAUCAGGUGCUAUCAUCAUCUUAUUCAAGAAGUCAAUCAUCAAGGGGAUAGUUUUGCAGCAAUGGUUAUUUUGGUUGGCUAUGUAAUUUCACAGAUAAGCUCUCAUUUUGUCAAAUUCCCAGCCUGCCUAAAAGCCACGUGCCCGUGUAGAUUUUAUAUUUUGUAAG